GAGUUCGGAACCCCAGCUGUUGCAGUCCGGGCCGCGCAGAGCCAGCCUGGCUUUGGUCCUCUGUACUUCGAAGAUGAGAGUUGGCCCCCGGGGGCCUUUGCGGACCUCGGCUUCCUCUGCAGAGGCCCGGCAGCGUUUCUGAGGGUUUGGGGAACAGAGUUCAGCUUUCGAAAACGAUUGCGUAUUAGACCUCUUUUGUUCUUCCCUCUCUCCCAGGACCGUAACCCGAGCCUGGGGAGCAAACAGAAACCCCACUGACCCCGCCUGGAGUUCCCGUGACUCCUCCUUCCUCCCUGGCCCCAGCUGCGGUGCCCAGCCUAGCGCGGAUAGUUUACAAAUUAGCCCCUCGAGAAGCCAGUUCCCGUGUGGGUGGGUUGCUGGCUGGCUGGUGGCUGACAGCAUCCCUCCUCCAACGCCCCGAGCUCCCGCACUGUCAGCUUGGGCUCCCCGGACGGCGCAGCUGACUGGCGUGCCAGGACAAGACGGGGCUGGCCUAUAGCGAGCCCAGGCUGCCCACGGAGAACCUCCUUUCCCGUGCAGCUUUAUUUAGCUCGGCCUGAGAGCUGCAGGUCGCCACGAUGGGAGGAGAGAUGUGGUUAGUGCCUAUCGGGCAGAAACUGCUGUACUGGGGCGCCACGGGCGCCCUUACUCUGCUGGGCACCAUCCUGACGCUGACCCUGUUGCAGAUGCUGGUCGCUUAUUACCGGAAAUGGCAGCAGAUGAAAGCCAUCCCCACAGUUGCCACUUCGUACCCACUGGUGGGACACACCCUCUUGAUGAAAUCUGAUAGCCAAGAAUUUUUUGAACAGAUGAAUUACUAUGCUGAAGAAUACAGACAGGAACCACUGCUAAAACUGUGGGUAGGACCAAUGCCAAUGGUGGCAUUGUAUCAUGCGGAUAAUGUGGAGGCUCUUUUGUCAAGUUCAAAACACAUAGACAAAUCCUACUUGUAUAAGUUCCUGCAACCCUGGCUUGGCCUCGGACUCCUUACAAGUACUGGAAACAAGUGGCGAUCCAGGAGAAAAAUGCUUACCCCAACCUUUCAUUUCACGAUUCUGGAAGAAUUCUUAGAUGUCAUGAAUGAACAGGCUAACGUAUUAGUCAAUAAGCUUGAAAAACACGUUGACCAAGAGGCCUUUAACUGUUUUCUUGAUGUCACUCUUUGUGCCUUAGACAUUAUCUGUGAAACUGCUAUGGGUAAAAAUAUUGGUGCCCAGGCCAAUGGUGAUUCUGAGUAUGUCCGCUCAGUUUUUAGGAUGACUGAUAUAAUACUUCGCAGAAUGAAGAUGCCGUGGCUUUGGCUUGAUCUGUGGUUUCUUAUGUUUAAAGAAGGAUGGGAACACAAGAGGAGGCUAAAGAUCCUACAUGAUUUCACAGACAAGGUUAUUGAAGAACGAGUCAGACAAAUGAAGGAAAAUGAAGCACAGAAGAAUGAUGACAUGAAACCAAAGAACCUCAAGCGUCGGGCUUUUCUAGACUUGCUUUUAAAUACAAAUGAUGAAGAUGGGAACACACUAAGUCACCAGGACAUUCGAGAAGAAGUAGAUACUUUCAUGUUUGAAGGUCAUGAUACCACAGCAACAGCUAUGAACUGGGUUAUCUACUUGCUAGGUUCCUACCCAGAAGCCCAGCGCAAAGUACACGAUGAACUGGAUGAAAUCUUUGGAAAAUCCAACCGCCCGGUUACAGUAGAUGAUCUUAAAAAACUUAAAUACUUGGAUUGUGUCAUCAAGGAGAGCCUUCGUCUCUUUCCUUCCGUUCCUUUUUUUGCCCGUACUCUCAUUUCAGAUUGCUUUAUUGCUGGUUACAAAGUUCCAAAAGGGACAGAAGCGGUUAUCUUACCCUAUUCCCUUCACCGUGAUCCAAAGCACUUCCCAGAUCCUGAGGACUUCCGGCCUGAGCGAUUCUUCCCGGAGAAUGCUCAUGGACGCCAUCCGUAUGCUUAUGUUCCAUUCUCUGCUGGACCCAGAAACUGUAUUGGUCAGAAGUUUGCAAUGAUGGAAGAAAAGACUGUCAUUUCCUGGUUGCUGAGGCGGUUUUGGAUCGAAUCCAUUCAAAAAAGAGAAGAACUUGGCCUGAUGGGAGAGCUGAUUCUUCGGCCAAAUAAUGGCAUCUGGAUUAAGCUGAAGAGGCGAACAUAGGAGGGAACAUCAAAUUCAGUCAUUUGUAUUGGCAAUUCAUCAUCUAGUCUGAAAAAUCCUACAGAGAGAGAGAAGGUGGGGUUGGGGAAGGAGGAAGGGGAGAGAGAGAGAGAGAGAGAGAGAGAGAGAGAGAGAGAGAGAGAGAGAGAGAGAGAGAGAGCCAGCACUAGCUUACAAAAUUCUUGAUGAUUAAUUGUGGGCCUUCUGGUAGAGGACCCUUUUCAAAGAUGUGAUCUGUCUGUUUUCAAUGAUUUCAGGAUUAGAGCUAUGAAAACACAGUUUGUGCAUAUCAACUAUCAAUACAAAUGUUGGUAGUGAAGACAUCUUUGAAAUGUUUCCUCAGGUGGUCACUGAUGUCAGUCACAGGAUGAGAAGGCAACAAAUUUCCCAGCCUGGAGGAUAUCUAUUGAUUUGUUGUCAUCUGUUUAUAGAUCCAAAUAAAUCAAGGAAAUCAACAGGUUUUUAAAGAGAAAUACUGACAUUUAACUUGUACUUAAGUUCUUAAGAACUCCCUUUUCUUUAAGUCAGUUAUACUUUCACUGAUAGGAUCCAUCCUGAAGAAUAGCUACAAUUCUUUUGAGAUGAAAGAUCUCUUUUGUUUUGAUAGUUGAAGAAAAAAAACCACUAGCAUCAAGGGAAUUUUAAAAUAAUUUUGUGAUUUAUAAAAAUUUUGCUUGCAGUAAAAUUAUUUUAAAGCACUUUAUAUUUUCAAAGCACUUAAUAGUCAGUUAUUCAUAAUUUGCAUAAAGAAACAGGAUUUUUAGAGCCAAAGGGGACCUUAGAGACUUCCAGAAAUCUUCACCCCACUCACCCUGCCAGGAGAAAACCAUCACCUAAGAGGAAUCAAAAAGGUCUCUGGAUAGCCCAAACCAAAUGUCACAAAGCAGAUGCCUUGAAGCCAUGUACUUUUUAAAGCCAUACUGAUUUUUACUUAGUGCAUGAUUCUAAUAUUUUUUUCUAGUUUCUUAAUCCACAGAAAAUCAUAAAGUGUGUGGUGCAGGACAGAGAGUGUCAAAAUCCUAGUGAUCGGUUCAUUGAUAGCACAAGAGAGUAAAACUAGGAAGUAGACAGAAAUAUGCAAUUGCCUUUCAAUUAAAAGGGAAAUGCUUCAACAUUAGAUGCUUUCAGAGGUAGGAUUGAGUUAGCGAAUGUGUAUAGAUAAAAUGUUAAGUGGAAUGGUUUUGUCUCUCAGUCUAACAUGACCAUGGUUAUCAUAUACCUACAGUUGUCUAAUAAUCACAUAUGGGAUUUGAAAUAUUGAAAUUAAGUCACUGACUUUUGGAAAUAAAUUUUUAUUAU